AUGCGCCCACGCGGCGCCAAUGGCGAAUGUGGUAUCGCGCCCGCUCCAGACCCCCCAAAGCCGCCCGAAGCCCAAAACUUGCGCGCCCCACCAGGACACGGGGCGCCUGGGAACGCGCGCCAUUGUCGCUCCGGUCGUUUGGGAAAUGAUGGUGUCUCAGACCCGCGCACACCUCACCUUCCUAUGGCGCCUACGCCUUCCGAUUGGUAG